AUGACAACCCAGUACGCUGCUUCCAUGUUGGCAAGUGUGAACGCACAACGUGCUGCCCAGGGACUCCCUGCACUCUGUUUGAACACUAAACUGAUGGCGGCGUCAAUGCGCCACUCGACUGACAUGGCCGCGAAGAAUUUUGUAAGCCACACGGGCUCUGACGGGUCUACCAUGUCGAUGCGCGUCACUGCUGCAGGCUACAAAUGGACCAGAGUGGCUGAAAACGUUGCUGCCGGUCAAUCGAGCAUCGCUGCUGUCAUGACUUCCUGGGUGAAUUCAGCCGGUCACCGCGCCAACAUUUUGGGCGACUACACCAUGUUCGGCACUGCGUAUGCCUACAACAGUGGCAGCACGUACAAGCAUUACUGGACGCAAAACUUUGGCAAGGGCAGCACCGAGUCGUGCAGCUACGAAGAUGUCGAGUACGAGGAUGCACCGACUCCAACUCUAAAUUCGACGACGGAUUCGGAUAACUCGACGGUGGUGCUUCCCAACGAGCCAGCCCCAGAAGUGAACACUCCUACUAAACUGGACAGCGAGGUGGUACUGUAA